UGCGUACGUUGAAGGACACAACCGGCGGAAUUGGUGCCUUCUGCAAGAUUGAAAUCAUGGCAGGUCCAGAAACUGAUGCUCAAUUCCAUUUCACUGGUAUCAAAAAAUAUUUCAACUCUUAUACUCUCACAGGUAGAAUGAAUUGUGUACUGGCCACAUACGGAGGCAUUGCUUUGAUGAUCUUAUACUUCAAGUUAAGGUCUAAAAAAACACCAGCUGUGAAAGCAACAUAAAUGAAUUUUAACCUGUACCUCAUCUGUUAAGUUCCCAUGCCUGGAGAAGCUAAUGUCAACUCAUCAUGUGAUACUCAAUUUGUACAAUAAAUUAUGAACCUGGAAAAAAAAAAAA